AUGUCCGCCUCCCCCGACCAGAAGAUGGGUUCGCCCGCCGCAUCCCCCGAGCGCAAUGCCCACGAGAACGUUGAAACCGCCGCCGCAACUGAUGACGCUGUGGCCGAGGAUCUCGCCGAACCUACCGCCGAGACCGAUGAGAACGCAGAAAACGCAGAGGAAGAACAAGCUGGUGGAAAGGACGAAGACGACGACGAAGACAAAAUUUCAGAUGACGAAUCGAUUCUGUCCGAAGUCGACGAGGCGGAGUUCGAGAAUUUUGACCCCGAGAACGUUGACUUGGAGGACCGGCCGCAACUCGCCAUCGAUGAAGACAACUUGAAGCUCAUCGGUCGCCACAAGCGCAAGCGCACCGAAGAUGGCGAGAGUCGCCCCCGCCGCAAGGAGGGUCGUCGUGAGAAGAAGAGCCGCCGAGCUACUGAUGAUGGCGAUGAGGCAGGACCUUCGCGCAGCAGAAAGGAGAAGAAGCCACGCGAGGACAAGCCCGAUACAGACGAGGAAACUUUGGAUCCGGAAACACGACGCCGCCGAGCGCUUGACCGUGCUAUGGACGAGGCAAUGAAGAAGCCGGCGAAGAGACGUUUCCGCAAACAGGAUGGCAUUGAUCUGGAAUCCAUGGCAGACGCCGAAAUUGAAGACAUGCGUAAGCGUAUGACCCAUGCAGCACAAAUGGACGCAAUCAACCGCCAGGAAGGGAAGCCUGCGAUGCACAAGUUGAAGCUUCUGCCCGAAGUCAUCAAACUACUCAACCGCAACCAGUAUACCAAUGCUUUGGUUGACCCCGAGAUCAACUUAUUGGAGGCCGUCAGGUUCUUCCUUGAGCCCCUUGACGACGGAGCGAUGCCUGCCUACAAUAUCCAGCGUGACCUCCUGACUGCUAUCACUAAGCUCCCAAUCAACAAGGAUGCUUUGAUUGCCAGUGGUAUUGGCAAAGUCAUCGUCUUCUACACCAAGAGCAAGCGCACCGAGCGUCGUAUCAAAGACAUGGCUGAGAAGUUACUGGCAGAAUGGACACGACCCAUUCUCCAGCGCAGUGAUGAUUACUCCAAGCGUGUCUACCAGCAGGCAGAUUACGAUCCUACAAAGGCUGUCAGACGUGCCGGUCCCACCGACAAAGAGAUCCAAGAGGAAGCUGCCGCUCGUGCGAUGUUACCUCCUCGCCUUAUGAACCGCGCUCGUGUCGACCGUACCAACGUGAGCUACUCUGUGGUCCCGGUCCAGACAGCUGUGCGCGAGAGUCAGUUUGCCCGUCCUCUUGGUGCCAGCGGCGAGGAUCGAUUCCGCAAGAUGCAAGCCCGACAGGCCGCUGCACGCAAAGCAUCUCGCCGGUAG